GACAUUUAAACUGAUCAUUUCCAUGGAUCAGGAUUUCACCCUAAAAGCAUUGAGCCCGUCCCCACUAUCAACUGCGUGAAAGAAACCCUACUGUACUGUAUGGUCUUGUAUUACAACGUGACCUGAUCUCAAAUAACUCUGAAACCWCUUCAAAUGACAUCCUUCUUGAUUCUCGGGCGAUCACUGUUAGUCACUUAGUGAUCAUGGGUUUUGGAUUAACAUUCUCCGCUAUUGUGAUCUCUUUAGCGCUUUUCGAAGUCACUGUGUCUGCUCAGCAGUGCUUACCYAUCUCGGGCAGCAUCUUUGAGGAUUGCAGCAUUGCCGGYUACAACCAAACCUUCAGAGUACCAUUCGAGUUAAGCAGUAAAUCCAAGAAAUGGAUAAAAUCAUUUACAUCUUAUAUAGUUAAGCUACCAAAGAAUAACUGUUCGGUUGCACUGAUGGGUGAAACGAUUCUGUGUUCUGUCUACGCGCCCAGCUGCACGGAGGGGAAUCCCAAUCCUAACUUACCAUGUCGAAGAGUUUGUUCUGAGUUCAUGAAGAGAUGCCGUGCACACAUUGAUCCAUUUUGGCUCGAGUACUAUGUUGGGUAUUGCACUCUGCUUCCAAACAAGACAGCAUCGUCAGGACAAUGUUACGAGCCUGAAGGAUUUGAAGAGCACUACAAUGCUUCCACAACAGGACUACUUGAAGACAAAUGCAACCGUCUGGUGUUCCCUUGGUGCAAAGGAAUUGGUUACGACCACUCCAUCGUCAAAGAGUCUACGCAAAUUUCGGAGUACGGAUCGCUUUACGGUAAAAACUUUACCAACGCGACYGACGCACACACAAGCGCGAAUAACUCAGCCAUCUCAUAUUGGAACAAGUUAUUGAGUAACCAUUCAAGUUGCGCGCUACAGAUACGAAAAAUGAUUUGCGCUGAUCUUUUCCCUCCGUGUUUUCCGCCUGAAGGCUUAGCCUUUUACACCAUUUGCGAGUCAACCUGUAGGAGUAUCCGGAGCAAGUGUACAAACAUCGAUGCUUCGUCUCCAUUCGGCAAGUAUCUAACGUAUUGUGAGGCUGUAGCUUCCGGGACAUCUUCUCAUGGCUUCUGUAAGCACACUUCCUGGCCUAAGCCCCUUCAUUGGGUCAACUACUUUAGAGAUUAUCCUAAACCAACGCCAUCCUCUUCACCAAAGAAAGGAAUGAGUACUCCAGUCAUCGUUGCCAUAGUGAUAGUGCCUUUGAUAGUAAUUGGUUUAGUUGUAUUAGGCGUGGUAUUCUGGAGACAACGCAGGCUGCCUUGGAUUGAUCGGCUCUUCAAACGAGCAGAUGAUACGAGGGGUUUUGCUAGUGACGAUCYCCAGCCUUGACUGUGAUGAAUGGAGGAGAUGAGACAGCCCACAUUAAAUGAUGGGGGAGGUGGGGGGAGGGGAAGAGAGUGAUAAUAAUACAAAAAAAAACAAACAACAACAACAAAAAACAAACAAACAAACAAACAAACAAACAAACACAAAAGACACCAACCAACCAACCAACGACAACAACAACAACAACAACAGUAACUAAAACCAAACAAACAAAAAGAAAAAAAAUUGCACCUUUAGUCUUUAUUUACGCAUCUUAUUAUGAAAUGACAUAAUAACAUAGUCUAGGAUGGAUGCUAGCUGAUUCCUUCAGGCAACGAGCAAAUCAGCGCGAAGUGAAAAUGCACRACGUGUUACCACGUUACCCCGUGGRAAACAAAUUAUCGUCUCACUGCUGGCCUGACCGGGGUAGGGUACUGUCUAUGUUUUUUUCUAUCCAAAAAAAUUAAAUAAUAUGUGGAACAAGUC